CAGUGGCAGAGGCGUGGGAAACUAGAAUCUGAGAUGUGAGGCAGUGAGACGCGAUGUCGACACUCGACAGAGAGCGCGUGCGCGGUAGUAGCAUGGAAGGGUAACAGCUGAUCAGACACGAGCGAACAACAUAGUGAGACGACAGGACAGACUUGUGCGCGACACGUGCACGCCGAGUGAUCGAGAUCCGCGCGACGGAGCGCGAAUCGAGAAUCAAGAGCUGUGUACGUUUCACUGCUGAUCGCUGACUGGGAGCAGCACUUGGAUGCAACUCAGCGAUCGAAUCGUCCGGUACAACAGCGUGGAGGUGUCCGCCAGAGCUGCAGGCAUAGUCCAGCCAAGCACACGUCGCUAAAAUGGGCGUACACGACAACCUGGACUCGAAGUACAGCGCGCUCAGCCGAGCGAAUCCGAGCUUCCCCAAGUUCGGCGGGGGCAAGAGGCCGAGCAAGGACGCGCCGAGCGAAGCGCCCAGUAGCAACAAGAUCGCCAAGCGCGGCCAACAAAAGCCAAUCGCACAGCGAGCGAGCAUCGACAAUGGCGUCGCGCAGGCCGCCGACGGGACGAGCAACAGCCUGCAGCAGCAAAGAAAGUCGCUGCCCGUUUACCGACUUCGGAAGAGGCUGCUGGAGGAGAUCCGCAAGAACAGCACGCUGAUCAUCGUCGGCGAGACCGGCAGCGGCAAGACCACGCAGAUCCCGCAGCUGCUGCUGUCGUCGGGAUUGGCGGGUACGACCGGGCGCAUCGGCAUCACGGAGCCCCGCCGGGUGGCGGCCGUCAGCGUGGCGCGCCGCGUAGCCGAGGAGCAGCGCUGCGCGCCGGGCCGACUGGUGGGCUACUGCGUGCGCUUCGAGGACGUUACGAGCGCGCAAACCCGCAUCAAGUACCUGACCGACGGUAUGAUGGUGCGCGAGGCCAUGACCGACGAGGCGCUCUCCGACUACUCGGUGGUCAUCCUGGACGAGGCGCACGAGCGCUCGGUGCAGACGGACGUGCUGUUCGGCGUGGCCCGCCGCGCGCAGAAGCUGCGCAACCACAAGGGCCUACCGCCGCUCAAGCUGCUCGUUAUGUCCGCGACCAUGGAGGUGGACCGCUUCAGCAGGUACUUCCAGGCGCCGGCCAUCUACCUGGAGGGCCGCCAGCACCCGGUGCAAGUCUUCCACGCGAAGAAGCCGCAGGACGACUACGCCUUCUCUGCGCUGGUCACCGCCUUCCGCAUACACCGCGAGGCCCCGCCCAACCACGACAUCCUCGUGUUCCUGACCGGCCAGGAAGAGAUCGAGGCGGCAGCCGCGGCAGCCAGGCAGACGGCCAAGCUGAUCGACGGCAAGGGCUACCCGCCGCUCAGGGUGUUCCCUCUGUACUCGGCACUGCCCACCCACCAGCAGCUCGAGGCCUUCAAGCCCUCGGCACCGGGCGCGCGCAAGCUCGUGCUGGCGACCAACGUCGCGGAAACGUCGGUCACCAUCGGAGGGAUCCGCUACGUGAUCGACACCGGCGUCGUGAAGCAGAGAACUCAUCAUCCGACUACCGGCAUGGACAUCUUGAGGGUGGACAAGGCGUCGAAGGCGCAGGCAUGGCAGAGAAUGGGACGAGCGGGCCGAGAGGCGCCGGGCAAGUGUUACCGGACCCUCACCCGCGAGCAAUUCGACCAGCUGAACGAGAUGCCGGUUCCCGAGAUCCAGAGGUGCUCCCUCGCCGGAGUCGCGUUGCAGCUGCUGGCCAUAGGCAUCGACAUUACGACCUUCGACUUUAUGGACAAGCCGCCGGCGGAUUCCAUCGACACCGCGGUGACGUGCUUGGAAAAGCUGGGCGCUGUCAAAGGCACGCCACCGCAUCUGACUACGCUGGGCAGGACGAUGUCCUUAUUCCCGCUCGACCCACGCUUCACCAAAGUAAUCCUGGCCUCGGUGGAAUACAACUGCCUCGAGGAAGCCCUGACCGUGGUCGCUCUCUUAUCGGGAGAAAAUAUAUUUCUCGACCCGCCGGCUAAGCGUCAACAAGUUCUGACAGCCAGAUCAAGAUUUGCAUCCGAAGAGGGGGACCAUGUGACUCUGUUAAACGUCUACAAAGGCUUCGUCAAUGUUACUCAAAAGAAGGUCUGGUGUCACGAGAAUUUCUUACACCAUCGGAAUCUAGAGUACGCAGUAAACGUUAGAAAGCAAUUAGCUUCGCUCACCGAGAGAGCCAAAUUGGAGCGAAAUAGUUGUGGCAACGACACCGAGAGUCUCAGGAAAGCUCUGUUCGAAGGUUUGAGUGAAAACUUGGCCGAGUUACAGAGGGAUCAAAACUAUGUUGCGGUCACUUCGAGACAGCCCGUGGCUAUCCAUCCAUCGUCAGUCCUCCAUGGUACGAAGCCUCAACUCGUGUUAUUUACUGAAGUAGUACUCACAGGUAGGUGUUACAUUCGAGGGCUUUCCGUCAUCGACACCACCUGGCUGAAGGAAAAAUCUACUUCGUCCGGAAAAAACGACUGAAAGUUUAGUGCGAGUGAAAUUUCAUGUGCCAGUCCAAUCACAGCUCGACUCGUUUUUUUAUUGUCAAGCAUUGAAAGUUGACGAUAUAAAGAGUAAAAGAAAGGGAAAUAGCAUCAAAUAGAUAAGAUCGAUGAGAGCGUGCAGAGAUUAUUGGGAAAAAGAAAGUGAAUUGAAAACUACAAUUCCUUGCAGACCAUCAAACAAAGUACAAAAUAAUUAGUUAGCGUCAUUUGUGACGAAUUUUUGAAAUUUUGUUAAUGAUGUACAACAUUUUGAUAUAUAUGGUCGUUUUAAUAAAAUGUUAUAA